GACAAUAGUAUUGCUCCAGGAAAAGUUGAUUAUCAAUUAUAUAUACCCAGUUUUGGAAGUUAUGCUCUAGAAUUUCUAACCAAAUGCUACAGAGUACACAGAUGGAAUAUGCGAUAUUAAUGGCAACUACAAACUAAUCUAUUUGCAUACCACCCAGCUUCAUUUUCCACCAAUGUUAAAAUAAAGUAAAACCAAGCAGAGUGCAAAAUUACAUCUGUUAAUUUACGGCAGGGAUGAUUAGAUUAUAAUGCCCAAUUUUAAUAAAAUUAGCCUUUUUACGAAUGCAAUACAAAGUCCAAUCAAAUUCAAAUAUUGCUCAAAAUUUACUGUCAUGUGAUUUCUUGGAAAUGACAUAGGGAAGUGAAACUUAGUCUAGCGCUGAUUACAAUUCACCUUUCUGAAUAUAUUUUGUAAAGAGAGCAACUCCUCUGCAGAACAAAACAAUCCAAUUUGUUACAGAGCCAAGGAAUUUGCUUACAGAUUUAAUUAUUUCAUUGUGUUGGAAGAAUCGGCAAAGUGAAAGGUCUUUACAUAUUUCAAGACAGUACACAAUGGCAGAAGUUCCUGGAACAAACCUUUGGUUCACUCACUUCACCAGCUGUAUAGAAGAAGAGGAAUUUGAAGAACGGUGGACACUGAAUUUCAAUUACAACCUCCAAAAAGAACUGGAUGCUCAGAGAAGAGCAGAAGGUUGGAAGAUUUAUAUAACAUCAUCAUUUGCCAAAUUUACCUGUCGUCGCUGUUCAAAUUCGUGGUCUUCAUCCCGGGCCUCUAUGCUGUUUCAUUACCGCCUGGGAAGGAAGAGUGGAUUAGUUUUGCUUCGCCUCUUCCGGCAGCAAUGCAGAGAAUGCAAUAACCCCAUUCAGCACAAACCACAGGUUAAUUCCGACCAAAUGGACCAAGUGCUUGACAGACUUAUUUUAAAAAUCCUCAAAAACUGCUACGGUGUUCCCAAUCUGGUAGAAGAAGGAAGAGUUGUAAUCCAUCGGAAGACUAAACCUCAUGAAAGUGACCUCUGUGAAGCCUGUCGCUUGGGCAUGUGCAAUCAAAGUUGAUAAGGAUAAUAGGUAUGUUUGAGGUUGAAAGUUUGCUUUGGUCCAAUUGGUAACUGGCAAAAAUAUAAUCAAAAUUACACUGAUAUGUUAUGGUUCAAAUAUUUAGCGUUAGAAAUAUUUGCCCAAUUAUCUAGCUGAUACAUUCCAAAACUGCUGGAAUCCAUCAGCACGAUGGAAUAUAACCGUAUGUUCUUUCUUUCUGCAUUCUUUGUUGCAUUUAGUCUAGUAACAUUAAGCAAUCCAUAAAGAUUUCAAUAAAAAUACUUUUUGUAUGAC